UCUUUGUUCUAAAAGGUGCUGCUGGUGCUGGUGCUGGUGCUGGUGCUGGCACUGGAGCUGGUGCUGCUGGUGCUAGUGGUACUUGUGACAUGGAAGCCCUUGUGGGUUGUACAGAUAUAAUCGCAAAAAUCGGGGACGUGGCACAGGACUUGGCAAAGUUAUGCAGCGUCGUCAGCGACUACAAAGAUUGUUUAUCGGCCCAAAAGAAUUGUGAUACUUCUGCUCAACUAAAAUCUUUGGACGAUAUCGCGAAGCAAGCUAAUAUGGAUCUAAAUUCAUGUGACACGAGUACUUGCGACUUUACGGGUGUCAUGAAGUGCUCUGAGAUACUGCAAAAAAACGAAGGAAGUUCACAAGACAAAGGCACGCUGUGCAGAGUGUUCGGUCAGUACAAAGGUUGUCUAUCGGAACAGAAAAACUGUGAUACUGCAACAUUCUUGAAACGUAUGGAAGAAACCGUGAAGGACGUUGGAGUUGAUUUAAGCACCUGCUCCGCUGGGAUGGUUCAAGUUUCCGUCGCCUGUGUCCUCCUGACUCUCCUUGCAUCCUUCUUCGCUCGCUAAUUACAUCCACCGGGAGUCUUAGUCAACUUUUGUUGUGUUCUUCAAGGUCACCUUCAUUGCUGUAUCUCUUUUCCUUUACAGUGCUUCUUCACACUUCUUUCCACUACGCUAACACUAAAGUGUCCAAAAUAUCUGCAGGCAUACCAAGACAGCUUCUUUUCUCUAUAAAUAUAUUUUGGUUAUGUUCAUGUGUGUAGGUCUCAUAAAUAAUUUUUGUAAAUUC